CGUCACGAGAGUACGAUGCCAGGAUUGGUGGGUAGAGCUGGAGUCCCACCUAGGCGCGCUGUGUCUUGUGGGUGGAAGCGCUGUCUGGGUUUUGGCGUUUCGCGCAAUGCUGCGGCGGGGAGACCCGGAGCUGAUACCGAGACACUUGAAUUAGCUUUACCAGAGGAGAAAUGGAGGAGCCAUAGAACAUCAAGGAUGAAUUCAGGAAGACCCGAGACCAUGGAGAACUUGCCUGCUCUCUACACUAUUUUCCAAGGAGAGGUUGCUAUGGUGACAGACUAUGGAGCCUUUAUCAAAAUCCCAGGCUGUCGGAAGCAAGGUUUGGUGCAUCGAACUCACAUGUCCUCCUGUCGCGUGGAUAAGCCCUCUGAGAUAGUAGAUGUCGGGGACAAAGUGUGGGUGAAGCUUAUUGGCCGAGAGAUGAAAAAUGAUAGGAUAAAAGUGUCCCUCUCCAUGAAAGUCGUCAACCAAGGGACUGGGAAAGACCUUGACCCCAACAACGUUAUCAUUGAGCAGGAAGAGAGGCGGAGGCGGUCCUUCCAGGAUUACACUGGGCAGAAGAUCACCCUCGAGGCUGUCCUGAACACCACCUGCAAGAAGUGUGGCUGUAAAGGCCACUUUGCAAAGGAUUGUUUUAUGCAACCAGGAGGGACCAAAUAUUCUCUGAUACCAGAUGAGGAAGAGGAGAAGGAAGAGGCAAAGUCAGCAGAGUUUGAGAAGCCUGACCCCACGAGGAAUUCUUCUAGAAAAAGAAAGAAGGAGAAGAAGAAAAAGAAACACAGAGACAGGAAGUCAUCUGACUCGGACAGCUCAGACUCUGAGAGUGACACAGGCAAGAGGGCAAGGCACACCUCCAAGGACAGCAAGGCAGCGAAGAAGAAGAAGAAGAAGAAGAAGCACAAGAAGAAGCACAAGGAGAGGUCCUGUUACCCUCUCCAGCUGCCACUGCCAGAGCCAGAUUCCUGCACAGGGGUCCAGGCUCCAGCCACAGGUACCGCUGUGGAGGCGAGUCUGGCUGUAGUUGGAGAACAGAGUGAGUGGCCCCUCCCCGUCGGGUCUGCCCUGGGCUGCUUGGUGAGCACCCAACACGGGGGCUGAGGGAGAUCGGCGGGAUGAGGGAGAACAUGGUAAGAAGUGGUGCUCACUUUUUCCAUUCCCCCUGACAUGAUUCAAUCAUGCUAGAAGUGACAGCCAGAAAACCCUCGUCUGCAGUGACUGAGCUUGUGUGUGACAUUCUGCCAGACCACUGAACCAGACAGCUCAAGCCAAGAUCAUUGCUUUACUUUGUAUUCACUACCGUGUGAGUCCCUUGGUCCCACUUCAGGUCUCUGCUUCAAUUCCUGGCACUAAACGGAAGUGUGUUUGGUUUUAAACUUA